UCGCUCCUCCAUGAUCCAUCCGCUGUACUAAACAAAACCUCAGAACGUGCAUGCGGAUGGCAAAAAUUAGGGUGUAGUUACGCAUUUUAGUGAGUGCGAGGUUGUAUUUCCUUUCCUUUCCUUUUGUUUCGUUUCCCGCGCCCCCCAAAACCGCCAAGCGAAACUGAGAGGGCGAGUGACUUUGAUUGCACAAUCCUCGCCCUAUCGUCACCGGCACCGGCACCGGACUCACUGACCAAGCCUUGUCGAUCAACCAAGAAUAAGAUUAACCAACCGAGAACAAGACCCUCUUUUCGAAUCCCAAUCUCUUCUCUUCUCCGUCUCUUCCCAGUCAUCCACCGCCAUGCAUUCCCUUCUUAUCUUUACUCACUCUCGUCUGCUUCCCAUUUUAUUAGCUUAAUCCCACUUUCAGACUCUGUCUCUGGUCAAUGACUUCGAUGGCCCCCACGAAGACACAACUAUUGGCCCGCUGGCGAGGCAUCGAGGAAGAAGACGACACCGGCGGUGGCGUACACUUACAACCUCAUCGUUUUCAACAGCUUAAAGAACAAUGGUUUGCAGACGCUUUCACUUAUUUGAUUAGUUUGCCGCAAGAAAGUCACAUUUGGUGUGCAUCUUGGGAUAUAAUGGGGCCUCUUCUGGAAACAUUUUACAAUUAUUUCAAAGAUGAAAGCCACGACUCUCCUCUCAGGCGCCUAUGGAAGAGGAUCUCUAUGGAAAUGAAUCAUUGUAUCCAGUGCAUCUGCCAGCAUCACCAAGCCAAAGAUAUGUAUAGUUCGGAGUAUGAGUCGAGUUCCAUCGGUCCCCUUCUUGAUGUAUUGAGAAGACUUGACGAGGAAAGGGUCACUCAGUACUUGAGAAAUAUCAAUCACAGAAUAUCACAGAAUGAAUAUGAUGCUGCAAAGGAUAAUUCUGAAGUUGUCAGUGUCGUUUAUGAGGUUCUAAUGUUUCCUGUCCUUCUGGAUGAUCAAUCGCUGUUUUCUGAAUUUGGGAAGUUUAUCGAAUCUGUAGAUGAUAUUCAUGAACUUGCUUUGGAUGGACAGCAGCAGUUUCCGGGUGCUUAUGCCCUAUUCUUUUUCAAUAGAAGAGUGCGUUCUGUAGGUCAUCGCUUAGCUGCAUCAAUGGGAAAACUGAGGAUGGCGACAGAUUUGGAACCUUUGCAGCCCUUGCUUAAGAAAUUUAUAACUUUUCUGGAAACAGAAGUUCUGCCAUCAACUUCUCAGAUGAUAAGGCCAAGAGUACAGCUAGACCGUUUAUCUGUAUGGCUUGGGAUUAAGUCAUUGCUUGGAUUCUUGGAGCCUCCUGCGUUUGAAGAAGGGAUAUUGGAGCGUUAUCCCAUUUUUCUUGACAUCGUACUUAAUCAUAUAAGUAGUGAUUCACUUGAAUUCUCUCAUGCAGUUACAUGCUUAAGACUACUCUUUGAGAUGCUUGGCUGUGAGCUUUGGUUGAGGUCUACAUUAUCUCCUAGUGUGAUGCGUAACACUUUAUUGGGUCAGUGCUUCCACACUCGAAAUGAGAAAAGUCAUAAAGACAUUUUUGAUCUUUUUCUGCCGUUUUUGCGGUCUCUUGAGGCUUUGCAAGAUGGGGAACAUGAAAAGCAACGUAGGCAUUUUCUUUAUUUCCUUCUUCAUCAAGUGCCAGUUAGCAGUAAUUUUAGUGUCCUAACCAGGCAAAAGGCUUGUCAGAUAGCUCUUCAAAUUGUUCACCGAGGAUAUAAGAUGAAUCCACCAUGCCCUCCUUUUGAGUGCGCACAUAUGUGGGGCCCUGCUCUUGUGUCAUCACUGAAGGAUUCUUCUCUUCACAGCUCACUGAGGCAACCUGCAUUUGAGCUUAUACAAUCUAUUAUAGUAUCAGAUGCUGCUGCAUUGAUACAUUCAAUGCUGGAUAGUUGUAUAGUAGCUCUUUCCAAUGAAAGUAACAUGAAUUAUAACUUCAAUGUUGCUGAAGAUGAGAACAUACUUAUUUUUUCUCCCAAUGAAAUGGAUGAUAAUUGUUGGGGUGGAUUCAGUCUGCAGAGCCAUAUAAUUUCGACAGAAUUUAAACAGUGGAUGUGUGUACCUAUGUUAUGGAUUGAUGUUCUAGUUGAUAUUGAUCCCUUGGUUCUGCCAAUUUCCUUUUCGAAAGCCGUUUUCUGGGCUCGAUCACGUUUUUCUAUGGUAGAAUCUGAAACCACUGCUGAAUGUGAACUUCCGCUGAGGGCUUGGAUAUCGUCAUCUUCUUUUGAAAUCUCCAGUUCACUGGGAUGGAAGGUGCCAACUGGUUCUGAUGAUGGUGGGGAUGGGAAAGAGUCAAAAAACUCACUAAAAGUGUGCACAAUGUUACUUCCUUUAAUAAAAACAUUUACAAGGUUGACUGCCCAUUUCUUAUUUCUGUUGGGGCAAGGAGAGCUGAGGAAGCAGUGGACUUGGGAGCCGAGAAUGGGGGAAAGUCUGAUCCUUUCGCUUUUUGAUUCUACUGAUAAUGUCAGGCAGUUUGGAAAGCAUGUCUUGGAACAAAUUUCAAACACAAAGGGUCUCUCUUGUGGUUUGGAGUUCCUUUGUUCUUCUGAGUACUCAUUAUCUGCCGUCUUUCUGGGCAUGAGACAUGCUUUGAAACUGGUUCAAAUGGAUUCUAUCCUUGUGAAAUUUCAGAAUCUGCAUCAUUUGUUUUUCAUACUUCGUAAGCUACUCCAGGAAGGUGAUUCACCUCAUUCAGCUUUGCCAGAAAAUUCAUCCAAUCAUACGGAUGUUACAAAUACCUCUUCCCAAGGUGGAUUUCUUAGACAGCCGGUUUUUGAUGCAUCAAUGCUGAACUUUGGCAAACAAUCUUCAAAAGUUGAUUCUAAAUUGCUCCAACGGGUCAGUUGUUUAUUGUCCAAUGCAGCGUGGCCUUCUAUUUGUAGGCUAUUGGUUGAAGGCAAGGCAUUUCUCGAUUACAGUUUUUGUCAAAUGACUUGUGUCCGCUUACUUGAGAUCAUCCCCAUUGUUUUUGAACGAUUUAACCCAUCAUUAAUCGAACUGUCUGGUACCAAAAUGGCAGUGGAAGAUGCAUGUGGUUUCAAUUGGCUUCAUGAUCUAAUGGAUUGGGGAAAGUCAUCUCUUAAGGUCGUUCUCACUUACUGGAGACGUGCUAUAAUUUCAUUGCUGAACUUCAUUAAGGGAUCGUGUUGUCUUUCUACUACAUCAACAAUUAGGGAUAUUGAACACCUUAUGUCCUUAGAUGAUGCUGCGAUGGAUGAGUUAACAGAAAAGGUAGCACACCUCACGAUUUUAUUAUCCAAGAACGAAAAGUACAAUAUUGUCAAGACCAAUUUGGGAUCAAAUGCUUUAGUGCUUGAAGACUUCCCUUCUGGCCGCAAGCUUUCCACCUCAAAGUUAGAGUCUUCUGGUGCAGAGGAUAUAGAGGUGCCAACAUUGGUGAAAAGGUCGGAGGCUAAGAAGGAAAAUAUUGGUGAAUUGAUUGUUCUUUCAGAUGAUGAAUCAAAACCAUUUAUUUCACCAACUAGAGCCUUUCCAUCUGAAUCUGACGUAGGUCAAUGCAUAUUGGAUGAUAAAUUAGCUCCCGGUGAUGAAAGUGAUACACGAGCUGAUUUUGGGAAAAGUAAUAUUUUGGUUAUUGAGCCUUCAAAAUAUGUAGCGGAUAGAGACCAAGAAAUAAAUGAUAAAUGUAGCUCUACGCUUGCACUCAAAGAGCAUGCCUCUGGUGAUUCAAAAGUCAGACCAGCAACGUCAUCUGUCUUGAGAUCUAAGGAUGUGGAUGUCAAACAUAAAGAAAUAGACUCUGAAUGCAUUCUAAGCAAACAUGUUCCUCUUAAUGAUAGAAUUGAUUUGAAGGUCUUAUCUAAUAAAGCAACUGGUUCUAAAAGCAAAAAUCAAUCUUGUGAAACUGCAGUUUCUGUACCAGGUUAUGCUGUUUUAAAACAAGUAGUGUCUGAUGCUGCCGAUGAUCCACUAGAAAUUGAACUCAAUUCUGUAAGAAACCAGAAAACAAAUAUUUCAAAACCAAUCAUCACUGUUCCCAAGCGACGAGUCAUCCAACUUAAAACACCUGUUGAGAGCAGAGCUGUCCAUUUACAUAGGCAUAUGAUUGGUGCAAAAAGAUUUAAACCACCAAGGCUUGAGGAUUGGUAUAGAUCUAUAUUGGAAUUAGAUUACUUUGCCAUGAUUGGUUUGACAUCUGUGACUGAAGAUAAGAGUCAAGCCGUUAAACAUUUAAAAGAGGUUCCUGUAUGUUUUCAAUCAUCGGAACAGUAUGUAGAAAUUUUUCGGCCGUUGAUUUUGGAGGAGUUUAAAGCUCAGUUACGCAAUUCUUUUGUUGAGAUGUCCUCUUGGGAUGAGAUGUAUUUGGGCAGGAUUUCUGUACUAUCGAUUGAGAGAGUUGAUGAAUUUCAUCUUGUUCGUUUUGCCUACGAUGACAAUAAUUCAGUGGCUUCUAAAAAUUUUGCUGAAAAUGACCUCAUUUUGCUAACUAAAGAACUUCCACAAAAAUCUCCACAGGGUGCACAUAUGGUUGGAAAGGUGGAUAGGCGCGAGAGAGAUAAUAAAAGAAAAAUGAAUUUGCUCAUAGUUAGGUUCUAUUUUUUGAAUGGUUCUUCACGACUACAUCAAGCCAGAAAGAAUCUAAUUGAACGUAGUAAAUGGCAUGCAAGUCGGAUUAUGAGCAUUACACCUCAAUUACGAGAAUUUCAGGCACUUUCGUCAAUAAAGGAUAUUCCCAUUGUUCCAACGAUCUUAAAUCCCAAAAGUUCUUCCAUUCCUCAUGAUGAAUCUAAAGUAGUUGAUCUAAGCAAACUGUCCCGACCAUUGCAACAGAUAUUGAAAUCAUCCUUUAAUGUCAGUCAACUACAAGCAAUUGAUAUUUCCAUUGGGUCAAGAAAUAUGAAGAAUGACCUGGAAUUAUCACUCGUUCAGGGGCCACCAGGUACUGGGAAGACUAGAACUAUAUUGGCCAUUGUCAGUGCCUUGCUCGCUUCUGCUUCACAAAGAACUAACCUUGCUGCAUCCUCUCUUAAUAGAAGUUUGAAACAAGACAAUGUCUUGCAUGCUGAUUCAAGGCCACAGAUUAGCCAGACUGUUGCAAUUGCAAGAGCAUGGCAAAAUGCAGCAUUGGCUAGACAAUUGAAUGAGGACAAGCAAAGGAAUUUAAAAUCAAUAGAUUGUACCAUGAAAAGAAGGAUCCUUAUUUGUGCUCAAUCCAAUGCAGCGGUUGAUGAAUUGGUAUCCAGAAUUUCCAGUCUAGGUCUUUAUGACAGUGAUGGUAAGAUGUACAAGCCAUAUCUUGUCAGAGUUGGAAAUGCUAAGACAGUUCAUCCAAAUUCACUGCCAUUCUAUAUUGAUUCUCUUGUCGAUCAGCAGUUGGCUGAAGAGAGAAUGAGUUCUAGUGAUGUGAAGAAUGAUUUAGGGACAAAUUCGUCCACGGAACUUCGUAGUAAUCUAGAAAAGUUGGUAGAUCGUAUUAGAUAUUGCGAAGUCAAAUGUGCAAACCUGAGGGAUGAAAAUCCUGAGCCGAAAAGUUCUGUGGAAAACUGGAUGGGGGAGGAUGAAAAGGAGAUGUCUUUGAAGGAAUUAGAAUCAAAGCUUCGAAAACUAUAUGAACAAAAGAAGCAAAUAUAUAAAGAUAUUAGUAUAGCACAGGCAUUUGAGAAGAAAACUAACGAGGAAGUCAAAGCACUGAAGCACAAAUUGCGAAAGUCAAUACUAAGGGAAGCUGAAAUAGUGGUAAGUACUUUAAGUGGCUGUGGAGGAGACCUUUAUGCAGUGUGUGCUGAAUCAAUACUAAGUUGCAAGUUUGGAAGUUCAUCAGAAAACACUCUAUUUGAUGCUGUUGUGAUUGAUGAAGCUGCUCAAGCUUUGGAACCUGCUACUUUAAUACCCCUUCAGCUUUUAAAAUCAAGCGCAAUCAGAUGCAUAAUGGUUGGAGAUCCAAAGCAGCUUCCUGCAACUGUUCUUUCUAACGUUGCAAGUAAGUUUUUGUAUGAAUGCAGUAUGUUUGAGCGAUUACAGAGGGCUGGCCAUCCAGUUGUCAUGCUGACAAGACAGUAUAGGAUGCAUCCAGAGAUCUGUCAUUUUCCAGCUCAGCAUUUUUAUGAUGGAAAAUUACUUAAUGGAGAUGGGAUGUCCGGAAAAAUUGCACCCUUUCACGAGACAAAAGGUUUGGGACCAUAUAAUUUCUUUGACAUUGUUGAUGGCAAGGAGCUUCGAAGUAAAAGUGGUGGUGCAUUUUCACUCUAUAAUGAACACGAGGCUGAUGCUGCAGUUGAGCUAGUGAAGUUUUUCAAAGAGAGUCAUCCGACGGAGUUCAGCAGAGUAAGAAUUGGCAUCAUAACUCCCUAUAAGUGUCAACUGUCACUCCUGCGAUCCCGUUUCUCCCAUUCAUUUGGAGCUUCUUUGAUAGUUGACAUGGAAUUUAAUACUGUGGAUGGUUUCCAAGGACGUGAGGUUGAUAUUUUGAUACUGUCAACUGUAAGAGCAGUAGAUCCAAGCUCAACUUCUAGAAAAAACUCUAGUGGUAUUGGGUUUGUUGCUGAUGCUAGACGUAUGAAUGUUGCUCUGACAAGAGCAAAGCUCUCUCUUUGGGUAUUAGGAAAUUCAAGGACUUUGCAAGUGAACCCUGAUUGGGGAGCUCUUUUGAAGGAUGCUAAAGAGAGAAAUUUGGUUGUAUCAGUAAAAAAGCCAUAUGACUCGAUGUUCAAAACUGCCACUCCUAGAUAUCCUUGUCCACAGACUAUGACUAAUAAUUCAAGAAACCCGAAGCAUACUGACAAUGUUAGAGCAAGGCGCCAUGCAAAACGUAGUGGAAAAGAAACCUUUGAAUGUGAAGGGAAAGACAUUCUCACUCAAUGUACUAAAACUAAUGAUGUUGAUUCCAGUCGGUAUAAGGCUCCUGUUAAAGAGGAUGCUAUUCCUCUGGUUGCUGGCAGUAUCGAUCGAUCCUCAAAAGCUGCGAAGAGUGCUGUUCGCAUGGAACAUGGUGCAGAUUUUGGAAGUAAAAGUGGAAAGAGUACUGAAAAGAAAUUCAACAUGGGAAAUAUCAGUCAGGGUAAGAGGAAAGUCGACCGGGAAAAGUCAAGUAAUUUUGAUUUUUCUGAACGAGGUAUGGUUGAUAAUCAUGCACUGCAGAAAUCAAAAACCUCAAAAAGAUUGAAAGAGUCACCUCAGGAAGCUUCAGAUCCCUUGAUUGAAGGAAGCUCCAAGGAGGAACAUAAUGAUGGUGUUGCAAUAAGUCGAUCUGACAAUGAAAAAGAAUUGAUAGUGAAAAGGAAACAACAGCGUGAAGCUGUUGAUGCCAUCCUUUUUUCAUCACUAAUUCCUUCAAAGAAGUCUGAAAUGUCAAUGAAACAUAUCUCAGACAAAAAGCCUCAUUCACUUUCAAAUGUUCGUGGAAGCAUGAAACCUCCAAAGGGAAGAAAAGGCUGAUAUCUGUCUAUUCAUUUGGGGUUUGGAACAUUUCUAAUUCAAUUUUGGAACACUGGUGGUUGGAGAUGUCAUUUUUGCACCUCUUUCUGUACUACACUUGUAGAAUUUUGUCAAUAUUUUGAUCUUUACUAAAAAUGAAAAUUUUUUUGUUGACUCCCUGCCCUUGGUUGAUAAACUGUAAUGAACAUUCAGCUUUAUCCACAAGUAGUUAGAAAUUGUGAUGAGUUAAAUGUUUUCAAAUAGUUAUUCUUGGAAGUUAUCCUUUGUAUUGAUGAACGACGAAAAAGAAAGAAUGUAUAUAACUGAAAUGGCUGAUCAUUUUAUUA